GAAAAUGCCCAACUUCUUUCCAAGAUAGGAGUGCAGAGUUUCGCAUUUGAUCUUCAAGUGCUUUGCAAGACUUCAGCACUUCCGUUCCGGGUUUCGAUCAAGAAGCUGUUUGACACGCUUUCGAAGAGCAGGAUCCUUGAAGACACUGGGAUGGUCACUUCUGGGUCGAUCCUGAGUUGUACCAAGUUCCUUGUAGUUCCAGAGACAAUUGAAGCACUGCUGAAAGCAGACAUCCAUGUUUGGGUACUCACAGGGGACAAGCAAGAGACUGCCAUUAAUAUUGGCUACUCGUGUCACCUUCUCACCCGUUCCAUGGCCUUGCUUAUCAUCGACGAAGAUAGUCUUGAUGCCACAAGGGAAGUUGUGAGUCGACAUGUGAAUGACUUUGGGGACCAGCUUCGCAAAGACAAUGACUGUGCCCUCAUUGUGAAUGGCAAGACCUUAAAGUAUGCUUUGAGUGCUGAGAUGAGGAAGGAUUUCAUGGACCUCUGCAUUUCCUGCAAGUCAGUGAUCUGCUGUCGUGUCUCCCCCAUGCAAAAAGCUGAGAUAGUGGAGUUGGUGGGAUUGGAAACAAAAUCCGUUACAUUGGCUAUAGGCGAUGGAGCCAAUGAUGUUGCUAUGAUCCAAAAGGCACAUGUUGGAAUUGGGAUUGCUGGCCAGGAAGGGAUGCAGGCUGUUUGUGCAUCUGAUUAUGCCAUUGCACAAUUCCGCUUCCUUCGUAAACUCCUGUUUGUUCAUGGAGCUUGGUGCUAUCAUCGGAUGUGUAAACUCAUCCUGUACUCCUUCUACAAGAAUAUAUGCCUCUAUGUCAUUGAGCUAUGGUUCGCAAUACAGAGUGCUUGGUCUGGGCAGACUCUCUUUGAUCGCUGGUGCAUUGGGUUCUACAAUGUUCUUUUCACUGCCACUCCUCCAUUUGCCUUGGGACUGUUUGACCGAUUCUGCAGUGCUGAAACAAUGCUACGUUUCCCUGCUCUGUACAAAAUGUCUCAAGAGUCUCAAAUGUUCAAUGUGAGAGUGUUCUGGUUCUGGGUGGUGAAUGCACUCAUGCAUUCCAUCAUCCUUUAUUACUUGCCUGCUGGAGCCAUGAAACAAGAUGUUGCUUGGGGAAAUGGACGAGAUGGAGGCUACCUCAUGGUUGGAAACAUGGUUUAUACAUAUGUGGUGGUUACUGUUUGCCUGAAGGCAGGAUUGGAGACUAAUGCUUGGACUGUUUUCACUCAUCUUGCUAUCUGGGGCUCGAUAGCAUCUUGGUUCUUUUUCUUCACGUUAUACGCCAACUUUUGGCCAACCUUACGUUUUGCAGCAGAAAUGGCCGGGAUGCAUGGGAUGUUGUAUCGCUCCAUGCUCUUCUGGGUGGGCCUAAUCAUCUUUCCCUUUAUAGCACUUCUCCCAGACAUUGCCUACACUGCGAUCAAGAACACAGUUUGGAAGUCCUUGGCGGAAGCUGUUCGGGAAAGUGAGAUCCAGAAAGGGGAUCCUGGGAAUGUCCUUCUGAAGUCUACCAGCAAAAAGUUAUCCGAGACGGCUAGGCUGUUGAAGAAUGUGAAGAAUGUAUUCCGACGCACAGCCAUGCGAGCUAACCUUGAAGUGGAAUUGAGCCCGGAGAAGCCCAGCCUAGCUCAAACUAUUUCCUCCAUCCUGAGUGACGGCAGAUCUACCAGCAGAAGAGGCUUCAACGGGGCAUGUUCCAUUCACGAAUGGACUGGAGAUUUCCAAGGAAAGGGAACGAAAUUCAGAAUGACGUCCGUUUGUGGUCAUGUCAUGACCCUGGAUUUCAUCGGGAAAUAUAACAACUGGGAUAGAGUUGAUCCUGCAGAACUAUUCAGUUGCCCUACAGAGAAGAAAGAAGCUACCCCAAAACUCCAGAUGGUGAAGUAUCUCUCACAGGAAGCACGUGGAAGUGACUACUUAAUUCUCUGGCUAGACUGUGACAAAGAAGGAGAGAACAUCUGCUUUGAAGUCAUCACUGCUACUCAUUCUGUUAUGAAUAUUUCCAGGGAAAGAAGUCAGUGCAUAUUUCGGGCACACUUUUCUGCGUUGACGGACAAGGACAUCAAAGCAGCCUUCCAGAAUCUUGGGGAACCAAAUGAGAAUGAAGCCAGGAGUGUGGACGCAAGACAAGAAUUAGACCUCCGAAUUGGAUGUGCAUUUACUCGCUUUCAGACCAAAUACUUCCAUGGCAAAUAUGGAAAUCUCGACUCCUCUCUAAUCUCCUUUGGGCCCUGUCAAACUCCAACAUUGGGAUUCUGUGUUCAGAGGCACGACAGCAUUCAGUCCUUCAAGCCAGAACCAUAUUGGAUGGUCAAAGUAACAGUAGAAGGGAAUGAGGGCGCUCAGUCUCUCACACUGGACUGGAUGCGAGUGCGAUGUUUUGACAAGGAAGUGGCCAUGAUGUUCCUUCAUUGUGUAAAGCAAAGCAAGUCAGCCAAGGUGACAUCAAUCACACGGAAGGAAAAGAGCAAAGCAAGGCCAAUAGCAUUAAAUACAGUGGAGUUGAUGCGUGUUGCCAGUUCUGGUCUUGGGAUGGGACCCCAUCAAGCCAUGCAGAUUGCAGAACGACUUUACACACAAGGUUACAUCUCCUAUCCUCGGACAGAGACUACUCAGUACCCAGCCAAUUUUGACCUCAUGGGGACAUUAAAAGUACUGGAAAGAGGAAGUGAUUGGUGUGAAGCAGUGAGGGAUCUCCUGAAACAAGGAAUGACAAAACCACGGAAAGGAUCUGAUGCUGGGGAUCAUCCUCCAAUCACCCCAAUGAAACUAGCAUCUAAAGUUGAUCUGGAAACAGAUGCAUGGAGACUCUAUUCAUAUGUCGUUCAGCAUUUCAUUGGCACUGUGAGCUGUGAUUGUCGAUAUUUGAGCACAGUGGUGGAAUUUGACAUCAAUGGAGAGGGUUUCACAUGUACUGGAAAGAAACUCAUAGAUCCAGGAUUUACAAGUGUCAUGACCUGGCAAGGACUUGGACCAGAUGAGAUACUUCCUGAUUUUCAACAAGGACAGCUCCUCUCAAUUGAAGAUGUGAAGCUGGUGGAAAGUGAAACAAAACCCCCAGAUUAUCUCACAGAAGCUGAAUUGAUCUCCUUGAUGGAGAAGCAUGGCAUUGGGACAGAUGCAUCCAUUCCUGUCCAUAUCAACAAUAUCUGCCAGAGGAAUUUUGUGACAGUGAGCAGUGGGAGACGUCUCAUUCCAACUUCUCUAGGCAUUGUGCUUGUUCAUGGCUACCAGAAGAUUGAUGGGGAUCUGGUGCUUCCAACCAUGCGUGCUGCAGUGGAAAAGCAGCUUAACCUCAUAGCUCAUGGACAAGCUGAUUUGUCAGCUGUUCUUGAUCACAACAUUGAGGUCUUCAAACAGAAAUUCCAUUAUUUUGUAAAGAACAUUGAUGCCAUGGAUUCUUUGUUUGAAGUCUCAUUUUCUCCCUUGGCAGACAGUGGGAAGCCUCUUUCCAGGUGUGGGAAGUGUCGUCGGUACAUGAAGUAUGUGAGUACCAAGCCAUGUCGUCUCCAUUGCUCCCAAUGUGAUGAGACUUAUGGGCUCCCUCAGAAUGGCACCAUAAGAUUGUAUCGAGAACUUAAGUGUCCUCUAGAUGAAUUUGAACUCCUUACUUGGUCUGCAGGUGUCAAGGGCAAGAGCUUUGUCUUCUGUCCCUACUGCUAUAACUAUCCCCCCUUCAAAGACAUGAAGAAGGCAAGUGGAUGUAAUAUGUGCACUCAUCCCACUUGUCCAUACAGUCUCAAUGCCAAUGGAGUAUCCAGUUGCAUGGAAUGCCCUCAAGGGAUACUUGUUCUUGACCCUGCAUCUGGACCCAAGUGGAAACUCACUUGCAAUAGAUGUGAUGUAAUCAUUCAUGCUUUUGAAGAUGCCAUAAAAGUGAAUGUACUUGAAGACACUUGUGAUGACUGUCAAUCUCAGCGAGUCACUGUGGAAUACAAGCCUGAGAAGACAAAGCUUGGAGAUGGAUCAACAGAAAGCACAGGAUGCAUAUACUGCUCAGAGAUGUUAUCUGCCCUUGUGGAGAAGCAUCAUGCUAUGGUACGUAGGCAAGGAAGCUCCAAUACUCGGAGCCAAGGACGAGGAAGGGGUCGUGGACGAGGUGGCCGUGCUCGUCGUGGCAAACCUCGACCCAAGCCAAAGGACAAAAUGGCACAAUUGGCUGCUUAUUUCGUCUAGGUGAAGUUAUGUGCAUCAUGAGUAUGAUUAAAAAUAAAUAAAGGCACAGGCUUACAUGACAUGUAGAA